AUGGCGGAAGAAAUUGGUAGCACGAGAUCAGCCCUGGUCCUAUACGGCUCAGAGACGGGAAAUGCGCAGGAGGUAGCGGAAGAACUAGGUCGUACCGCAGAACGGUUGCAUUUCGUCACUCAUGUCAAGGAAUUCAACGGCGUCAAAGCAGACACUCUGGCCUCGCAUUCGCUUGUUAUAUUUGUCGUAUCGACGACCGGUCAAGGCGAUUUUCCACUCAAUGCCCGUGGAUUCUGGAAGACGCUUUUGCUGAAAAGACUCCCCGCAACUUUUCUCAGCGGCGUCAAAUACACGCAAUUUGGGCUCGGUGAUAGUUCAUAUCCAAAGUUCAAUUGGGCUGCCCGCAAACUUGGUAAAAGACUGUCUCAGCUAGGUGCUGAUGAAAUAUAUCCCAGUGGAGAAGCGGAUGAGCAGCAUCCAGAAGGACUUGAGGGCACGUUCCUUCCAUGGGCCACUAACUUGCGCAAACAUUUAUUAGACCAGUACCCCCUUCCCGAAGGACUCCAACCCAUACCAGAUGAUGUACAGCUUCCCCCGAAAUGGAUCUUGGAAGAGUUAUCUGCCGACGCUGUUCCGUUAAUAGACCCAGAUCAAGAAAAGCAGGAUGUAUUGCUGGAAGAAGACACAGAGCCCCAUCUAUAUCGCCUUGAACCUGACAGGAGGUCUAUUCCGGAUGCAUUCAGAGCGAAAUUGACACAGAACAAACGAGUCACACCUCAAGGGCAUUGGCAAGAUGUCCGACACCUAUGCCUGACCACUUCCGAAACACUCCCAUAUGCGCCAGGAGAUAUGAUCUCAAUCACGCCUAAGAACUUUGCGGUGGAUGUUGAUGAAAUGUUGAGAUUAAUGGGCUGGUCUAACGUGGCCGAUAAGCCUGUCACAUUCAUCCCCGGUGCCUUGCUACAAGGUCGACCGAAAGAAGAACUUCCGGCCCCUCCUAUCCCACACCUUGUUCACACAGAAUCCACUCCCAUCACCCUUCGGACUCUCCUCAUUGAAUAUCUUGAUAUUCGUGCUAUUCCACGCCGGUCAUUCUUCGCCAAUAUCGCACAUUACACCGCCGACGAACAGCACAAAGAAAGACUGCUAGAUUUCACUAACCCGGAGUUCAUCGACGAACUGUGGGAUUAUACUACACGCCCACGUCGAAGCAUUCUGGAGGUACUUCAUGAUUUUGAUACCGUGAAGAUUCCGUGGCAACAUGCUGCGUCUGUUUUGCCAGUGAUUCGAGGCCGUCAAUUUAGUAUCGCUAGUGGUGGUGAGCUCAAGAGGUUGCCGAAUCAGAACAGCGGGACGAAAUUUGAACUCCUCAUCGCGAUCGUCAAAUACCGGACUAUUCUCAAAAAGAUUCGGGAAGGUGUCUGCACUCGGUAUCUAUCAGUGCUCAGGCCUGGAAGCACUUUGAAAGUGCAGCUACAGCGUGGUGGCCUGAACCCAACAUUGAAGCAACUUGUAGGACCUGCAGUCUUGGUCGGACCUGGCACCGGUCUGGCACCACUACGAGCAAUGAUUUGGGAAAAGGCAGCGAUGAUCAAAGCUUCACGUGAAGGGCAAUCGCAUAUUACAUUACCUAGCAUUGGAUCUACAAUCCUGCUCUUCGGAGGUCGAAACCGUGCUGCUGAUUACUUUUUCGAGGAUGAAUGGAAGCAACUUGAGAAAGAAGAACUAUUAGACCUUCAAGUGUUGACAGCAUUCUCGCGUGAUCAGCAACAGAAAGUAUAUGUGCAGGAUCGGAUUCGAGAACAUGCAGAAGUUAUAUUCAGGAUGCUACAUGAAGAUGGAGGAUCGGUUUUCAUUUGUGGAUCUUCAGGUCGAAUGCCGCAGGCUGUCAGAGAAGCGCUGAUAGAAUGCUUUCAACACCGGAUUAUAUCUUCUGGGUCAAAUACAUAUACUCGGGAGCAAGCGGAGCAUUUUCUUCUAGAAAUGGAAAAGACUGGAAGCUACAAACAAGAGACCUGGUGA